AUGAAGAAAUUUGUACUCAAGUUAGAAUUGCAUGAUGACAAAGAGAAGAAGAAGGCUCUCAAAACAGUCUCAACUCUUUCAGGGAUUGAUGCCAUUUCAAUGGACAUGAAAGACAAGAAACUGACAGUGAUAGGAACAGUAGAUCCUGUAAAUGUGGUAAGCAAAUUGAGAAAAUUCUGGCACACAGAAAUAAUAGCAGUAGGACCAGCCAAAGAGCCAGAGAAGAAAGAAGAAGCAAAGAAGGAAGGAGAGAAGAAAGAAGAAGGAAAGAAAGAAGAUGGAAAGAAAGAAGAAGGGAAGAAAGAAGAAGAUAAGAAAAAAGAAGCAGCUCCACCACCACCAGAUCCUAUUCAAGAAUGGGUUAGGAAUUAUAGGGCAUAUAAUCCAUAUAUGACAACACAUUACCAUGUUCAAAGCAUGGAAGAGAAUCCCAAUGCAUGUGUCAUUUGCUAA